GUACAAGAUCGCCGGGGAGCUGACACCCUGCGUGCUGCACGUGACUGCGCGCGCCAUUGCCAAGCACGCGCUGUCCAUCUUCGGCGACCACCAGGACGUCAUGGCCGUGCGCCAGACCGGGUGGGCCAUGCUGUGCAGCCACAGCGUGCAGGAGGCGCAUGACAUGGCGCUGGUGGCGCACCUGGCCACCCUGCGCGCCAGUGUGCCCUUCGUGCACUUCUUCGACGGCUUCCGAACCAGCCACGAGAUCAACACCAUCGAGCUUAUUAACAACGAUGACAUCAAAGCGCUGCUGAACAAGCCGCUCUACGUGGACGCGAUCCAGCACCACCGCUCCCGCGCCUUGAACCCCACGCACCC